CGUUUCUUGGUGCUACAAAAUUCCCCAUCUUUCGUAUAUAAUUAUAAAUUUUUUCAAUGCCAAGCGGCAGAGUUAUUGUUGUUUAAAUAGGAAUUGAACUCUACUAGUAAAGAUCAGUGAUAGAUCACGUUUGGUAGAGAUUGAAGUGUGCAUAAAUUUCAUUUGUUGUUUGCUCUUCAACAUGGCUAAUGUGUGGCUAUGGAAUAUUAUCGCGUUAUGUGUGCUAAUUACAGGAAAAUUUUGUCAAACUGAUUUCCACGACCUCUACAAUUUCUUCUAUAAGGAGAUAGGAUGUGUGGAAUAUGAUAAAAAUGGAGCUUUCCACUGUCCUGAAUAUCCAUCAAAGAAUGGCUCUUGUCGUUUCUUGAACCAAUAUGUUCCAUCUGGGGAAAAAAUCGACCAAGAACUUUUGAAAGGAAGCUGCAUACCAGAAUGCAUAUGCGGUGAAGAUGGUCAUUUCAUCUGCCCUGGAACAGAUUGUGGUCUCUUAUCAAAGGAAGGAUGCCAUUCAAGAAAUUCUCUAGAUACUUGUUGUCCAGAGGGGCUUGUAUGUGGUGAUGAUAUUGCGAAAUGUGAAGUAGAAGGUAAGACCUACAAGGAAGGUGAGAAAUUUUACCUGGAAAAAUCUUGCGAAGUUUGCGUUUGUGAUAAGGGUUUCAAGAAAGGUUCACCAUUCUGCAGACCAAGAAAAUGUAACCUUGAAAUUAAUCGUCUAUAUGAACUAGCUGAUCACGAUGCUCCUGUUUAUCUCAAGGAUGACAUUUGCUGUCCCACUACUUGGAUCAAAAAUGAAGGAGAAGACGAACUCAUCACAAUAAUUGCGGAUCUAGGAAAGGAAGCUUGCAAAUUUGGAACAAGAGAUAUUAUCAUGGGACAAGGAUUCCGCAGGAAUAUCAGCAGAUUUGGAACUGAGAUGACAGUUAAAUGUUUGUGCAACACCCCUCCAUUUGUCAUCUGCCGAGAGGAAGUCACCAAAUGAGAUAAUUAUUGAAUUAAAAUCUUAUUAUGGAAUGUAUUUGAAUGUUUUCAAUUAUAUUUCUGUUUUAAGA